AUGAAGUGCAGAGAGGUGACAGAAACACAGAGAGAGAGAGAACGAGGGAAGCCGCUCGACAAGUGCGGUGCGGCCCCCACAAUCUCCCAACGCUGCUGCUUUCAUGCUUUUUUGUGUGUGGUAGUUACCGCGAAGGCAGCCAAAGCUGAUCAUAGUAGAAACGUUAAAGAAAUACAUAUAUAUAUAUAUCUGCACUUUAAAGCAUUACUUCUAAUUACCCGUUCAAUGAACUUGAGACGAAAGGAUACGAAAGGAGAACAACAGCAGACACUUCUUCUUUCUCUUUUCUCUUUUUCAAGUUUACACUCACCCGUUUUCCUGGCUGCGCUUUUUCUUUUUCUUUUCUUUGUUUUCUCCGUGUAUGUGUGUGUGUGUGUGUGUGUGUUGUACGAUAAGGAGAGGGCCACGAGGUGCAACGCACGUCUUCGAGGAUGGCACCGGCAGCGUUCAUCACCGCACUACGUACGCCGUUGGCUCUGCAAAGCUUGCGGCAGUGCAUAUAGCAAGCAGGGAGCGAAGGCGCAAACCAGCGCGAGUGACCUUCCCUCUCCUCUUGAUACAUUGAUUGCAAGCGAUGUAAUCAGCAAUCCAGAGGACUCCACACCGUCAAGGACCGGAGUACAAAGGAAAUAA